UGUGUCUAGCUUAACUAACCCUCUUUCAGAGGUGAAUGACAAUGUUUGUGAAGGGCUUUGAAGAGGAGCAUCCCAGAGGCUGGAAAGUUUGUGGCUAAAGCCCAGGACUGGGAAUUGGCAGAUCUGGGCCCCUCCUUGGCUGUGCCACAGACAUCUGUGUGACCUUGGGCAAGACACAAGACUUGAUUAGAGACCUGGCUGCUGCACAAGAUCAGGGUGAGGGAAGUGGUGUGUUUAUGAGCAGCAUGUGAUUCUAGAGCAGAUACUGCAGGGGCAAGUGUCCCUUUGGACACAGUUCCAUAGAGCUUCAAAAUGUCUCAGAACCAGUGACCAGCACCCAGUUCAGCCACCGCUGUUCACAGGAGUUCGCUCCUGCAGUAGUUCCAUGCUCCUCGAGUGGCUUAGGCCUCGCACUCGCACUUUGCAUGUGAGGAAACUGGAGAACCUACCCUGGCAGGCAGGGACCCCAUCUAAGUGGCUGUCCUGGUGAUGCAACACAAAUGUCCCCUUGGGGCAAUGGAUGGGAGUCUCCAUAAUUCCAAAUCAAUGUGACUCAACUCACAUGGCAGAAGAGCCUUUUUAUUUUCUCCCAAACUCCUCCUAGGAUCUGAAAGUCAAGCUGGGUUUCCCUGCCUCCUUCAUUAGCCACAGCAAUGCUGGGUGUGCAGUAGGACCCUGGCUGUCCCUUUUGCUGGUGCACAAGAUGGAACAGAAUCCUCCUAGCAGCCAGGCAGUUCCUGCAGGGCUAAGGACUUGCUAGUUUCAGCCAAGGCAGCAGGUCUGGCAUGAAGACAUAAGAGCGCAGCCAUGUGAAAUAUUUGCCUUAUCAUUAAAAUCCCCCCCCACCAAACUCAAAGUUCUUGUUUAGAUUUCCUUGGUCUGGGUUUUGCAAAGAGCUCAGCUGCUGCUCUCCCAUCCGAGAGAAAACCCCAGCGCUGGACUGGAGACACUGCCUUCUAAUGCAGAUAACUUCCACGCUGCUCCUGCUAACACUGGCCAGGGGUCAGGGGCACCCUCCAGGGGCUGGUCCCUGUAAGAGGCUUAUGAGUCUGCUACUGCCUCUGGCCUGGCCUGGCCCUGGAGCACCAGGAGUGGAGGCUGCUUUGGCGCUUAGCACUGCCUGUGCAUUUCCUGGCCAGAGGGGUUUGAACAGCUGCCCGUCUCCGGGCCUCAGGCGCAGUGCCCCUGGCCAGGGGAAGUAUGUCACCCCUGGGAACCUAGCAUGGUCCUUUGUUCCCCUCCAGGUGUGUAACUGCUGCUGCCUUGCAGUGACCAGCGCCCAGGUGCCAAAAGCUUGUGCACAUACAUCCCCAAAUUGCUGCUUCAAUCCCUGGCAGUGGCCCAUUGUAAGUGCUUCAGAAGGUGCUGUUUUUAUAGGGUCUCUCUCCUGAUGGUAAACACACUCUGGCUGUGAGCUGGAGGCUGCAGUGGUGGAACAGCCAAAUCCCUGUUUCCCCUCGUAACCCCUCGGCACAGCUGCUCUUCCCGGGGGGUUGCUUGCUGGUUCUUCCCACCCCUCAGGUCCCUGCAGCUUGGAGCCCUGCCUCAUGGAGGGGAGCUCAUCUGACACUCCUCGAAUUACCUGCGCUCCGGGGAUCAGAUUCGCUGGGCUGGGAGCUGGAGCCAUCUAUAAUUCAGUGGGGGCAGCUGCCAUUGUGGCCCUGAAAGCAGGGCAGCAGGAUGCUGCGGAGAUCAGGCCGGCGAAGCAAGAAGGCUGGCGAGGAGGAGGAGAAGCCCAUGGAGAACGGGGUAUCUCCGGAGCAGGGGGCCACAGAGGUGUCACCUGAAGUGGGGAGAACCGGGGAUGGUGCCCCCAUUGCCUGCUCACAGCCAUCCCCGCGGGUCCGGCCCAGGCUGGUCUUCCACACGCAGCUUGCCCAUGGCAGCCCCACGGGCAAGAUCGAGGGCUUCACCAAUGUGAAGGAGCUGUACGCCAAAAUCGCUGAGGUCUUCGACAUCUCUCCCACUGAGAUCCUCUUCUGCACCCUCAACACCCACAAGGUGGACAUGCAGAAGCUGCUGGGGGGCCAGAUUGGCCUGGAGGAUUUCAUCUUCGCACAUGUGCGGGGCGAGACCAAGGAGGUGGAGGUGACCAAGACGGAGGAUGCGCUGGGGCUGACCAUCACUGACAACGGGGCAGGCUAUGCCUUCAUCAAGAGGAUCAAGGACGGAAGCAUCAUGAACCAUGUCCAGACCGUGCGUGUGGGCGACAGCAUCGAGGCCAUCAACGACCAGAGCAUCGUGGGCUGCCGCCACUAUGAAGUUGCCAAGAUGCUGCGGGAGCUGCCCAGGGCCCGGCCCUUCACCCUGCGGCUAGUGCAGCCCAAACGGGCCUUUGAUAUGAUCGGGCAGAGGACCAAGAGCAGCAAGUGCCUGGGUGAGGGCAAGGUGGCCAGCGGCAAGGAGACCCUGCGCCUGCGUGCCUGCGGCACUGCCAGCCUGGAGGAGCUGCCCAGCCCCUGGGAGGAGGCGGCUGCCCGGAGCGUGGACGACCUGCUGGAGAGCUACAUGGGCAUCCGGGACGUGGAGUUGGCCUCAACGAUGGUGGAGGUGGCCCGGGAGUGCUUGAGCCCUGCGGACUUUACCAAGAGCCUGGACUCGGUGCUGGGCGAGUUCGCAUUCCCGGGCGAGUUCAUGGCUGAGGUCUGGGCCGCCAUCAGCGGAGCCAAGGGGGGCAGGAAAUAGGGGGCGCAGAGCACUUGGCCUGUGACAUCUGCCCCCCGGCAAUGUGCUCCCUCCUGCCCCAGCUGCAGCCCCCGUCCUGCUCUGGGGGAGAGCCCUGCGGUGCCUGGGCCCAGCUCCUGCCCCACACCGAGCUGGGCAAGGGCUGGCGAGGGCCCCUCCAAGGAACCCAGGCCCUAGUUAGAUGGGGUGGUGGGCCCGGGGGGGGCUAGUCCAGGCCGUGGUGCCCAUCCUGGCUAUGAGCCCAAGAGCUGGCAGCUCCU